AUGCUGUCUCUCUCUGGACUCUGGUGCUACUGCCUCAUGCCCCGGAGAGCUCCUCUCCUCAGCCUCACUGUUCUCCUGCUGCUGUCCUCUGCCUCCUCAUCCCCAGAGUCCUGCUCCCCGCGCACCCAGCCCUGCCACAUCCUCUCCCGGAUCGGAUACAGUGUGCGCAUGGGUGCGCUGCUCCCCAGCCGGCAGCCCGCUCGGAUCCAGAACGCUCUGAACCGCGCCCUGACCAGCCUCCGGCACCAGAGUGCGGGCUCGGACACCUCCAGCGGGGCGACCACCACAUCGUCCCAGAGCCCCCCUCUGCUGCCCUAUAAUCUCACCCUGGACAUGCUGGCGCGCAUCCCCAUAGGAGGCGACCCGGACUCCCUCUCCCGCAGCACCUGUCAGGACCUGGUCGUGCGUGGGGUGUCCGCGGUGCUGGCCUUCCCCCGGAGCAAAGAGGAGCUCCUCCAGCUGGACUUUUUCUCCUCUUUUCUGGAGAUUCCUUUCGUUUCCAUCCUGGAGGACACAGAACCGCUCAAGACCAAGCAGCAGGUGGGCUGUUUGGUAGUCAGUCAGUCAGUCUGGUGUCUGAUCCACAAGUAUCCAGCGGAGCAGCCGGGUGCAAAUGUUUGA